AGUAUCAUCUCAGCACCACAAGUGGGUAACCGCAACAGUUCCUAUAGAAUACCGAACCCUACUUCAGCCAAACCGCAGGAGAAUCGCGUCCUGAAUCCGACAACUCAUUCAAGUCGCUUAUACUUUCGUCUGCAAGAUGGCCACAGCGCAGACUCGGGCCUCGCGGUGUGGCGUUUGAAAGCUCCCUCAGACCUCCCUGCCUCGUCCAGUCACACGUCACAGGCGAGGGAGACUAUACUACGCGUUCUUUUGGGAGACUAUGAGAGUGUCAUUAGUGUGACAAUACACAUAUAUAGGUGCCAAGAUGUCAGCCGACGCCGAAGUCAACAGCGUCCGUCCCAACCCCUACAUCUUUGACAUAGAAAAUAGAAGGAAACGACGGCCGAGGCUUGCUCAUGAGAUCGGAGCCGGAGCCAAGUGCAAGAAGUGCGGGGAUAAAUGUCCUGGUUUUGAACUUCAUUUUUGGAGGAAGUUAUGCAUGAAUUGCCGCUGUGGCAUAUAUGAUCAUGAAGUUGAAGAGGAUGAUGAAGACAUUGGACGAAUAGUCAUUGGCAAACUGUUUGACCGACCGCCUCGCACCAAGAAAGAAGAGCUGGAAUACUGCCAUGGAAACAAUUUGGAAAUGAUCAAUGAAGAGACAGGAAAGGCAGAGAACGUCAAAUUUGAUUGGGUGCCGCCAAAUGUGGAGAAGUCUCUGGCUUCAAGAUACAUGUCAUUGAUUCCUGCAGAGAAAAGGCCCAUUGCUGGCACUGAGGCAGCUAAAGAACGCAAACGUCAGCUUGAGCAGCAGCUGCCCCUGUAUGACAUGGAUGCUGCACAGCGUUGUGAUAACUUGCCUCCUGAGGAGUUGCAGAGCUUCCAUGCUUACCUCGAACGCAUCAAGACCCAAGUGGCUGGACAAGGCAUGGUACAGGAAAUUAUUGGAGCACCAGUUUCAAUGGCACAGCCUCUGCACUCCCAGAGGAUGCCUGGCUCUAGUGCUCCACUGAUGACAGGUGAUAUCGAUGCUAAUGGAAAUAUUGGAUAUCAGCCUGAUUCUUCAAUGGGUCAGAUGAUGCCCCCUGGCUCCUACAUGCCACAAGAUAACAUCCCAGGAUCACAGGGGCAAUUUAGUAGCCCAACUGACAACCAGAAUGAUACCCAGGGGAACCUCAACGUGAAUGAUCCACGCCAACAGUUCCUGGGUGGAAUGAUUGAGGAACCUUACUUAAAUGUGACCAGCAGGCCAGAGGAUCCAGUACACAGCGAGGCUUAUGGUGGGAAGCUUGGCACCAGCAGGCCCCUCACAAGCUUGGCAAGGAACCAGCCUCUAGAUAAUGUUACAGCUGGGAUGGCUAAUCUUCAAGUGCAACAGCAGGGAGAGGGAACUGAACAGGGCUACAUCCCAGGACAGGAGCAGAUUCCUGGUCAGCCUGGCUAUGUACCAGGACAGCCAGGAUAUAAACCAGGUCAGCCUGGCUCUCCAGGUCAACUAGGCUAUACAUCAGGACCGGAUGGUUCUCAGCCAGGUCAACCAGGAUAUGCUCAAGGACAGCCAGGUCAACCAGGAUAUGCUCAAGGACAGCCAGGUCAACCAGGAUAUGCUCAAGGACAGCCAGGUCAACCCGGAUAUACCCAGGGCCAGCCAGGUCAACCCGGAUAUACCCAGGGCCAGCCAGGUCAACCCGGAUAUACCCAGGGCCAGCCAGGUCAACCCGGAUAUACCCUGGGCCAGCCAGGUCAACCAGGGUAUGUUCAUGGACAACCAGGUCAACCAGGAUACAUGGCAGGCCAGCCGGAUCAACCUGGGUAUGUUCAGGGGCAACCAGGUCAGCCAGGGUAUUCACCAGAAAAGGGAAUGCAGCAACAGAUGCCUCGGAUGCCAGGGAACAUCACAGCAGUGGAAGCAACUCAGGCUCCUUAUGGUGCACGUGUGGACACCCUAACAGGUGGGUCUUCCAUUGCUCCAGGGCAAGAUGUGAAUGUGCUCUUCCCAGGGGAAAGUCACAUCAUCGGUUCCCAGCCAGGCAGCACCACCCUCUCGGGACAGAAGAGCAAGUUCACCUGCCAGUAUUGCAGCCUCCCCAUGAAUGUUGGAGAUGUAGCCAUCUUCUGCGAGCGGGCUGGGCAAGAUAAGUGCUGGCAUCCUGCUUGCUUCUGCUGCUUUACAUGUAAGGAGUUGCUGGCUGACUUGAUCUACUUCUACAAGGAUGGAAAAGUGUUCUGCGGACGUCACUUCACAGAUGCUGCAGAAAUGCCGAGAUGUAGAGCUUGUGAUGAGCUGAUAUUUGGCAACUCAUGGACGAGGGCUGAUGGAUAUGACUGGCACAUCCACCACUACAGCUGUUAUAUGUGUGAUUUGGAAUUGGCUGGACAGCGCUAUGUUCCAGACAAGGAAGGAUAUCCGUAUUGCCUUCCCUGCUACAUGGCUUGCUUAGCCAAGAUGUGUGAGGCCUGUGAAGAGAAGAUAUCCCCUGAGAUGAACCGCUGCGGACAUCGAGGCUAUUUUUACCAUGCCACUCCCCAGUGUUUCAAAUGCUACUCCUGUAAGCAGCCGCUGAUGGGUAAACGUUUCAAAAUGUCUAAGAAUUGGGUUUUCUGCUCCAACGAAUGCAUUGAAGUGGCUUCGGAAGCCUUGGCUGUCAAUCCAAACCCCAAAAUAAAGCCAGAGUAAUAAAGCGGGGGGGUGUAUUGUCACAUUUUACUUAAGUACAGUGAAAAAGGUAUUGCUUUAUAAUGAGAAAUGAUCCAUAACACACCACAUUCUAGGUAAGGGAUUUUUUUUUUACCCUGUCUCUCGCUUUGUGAUGAUACAUGAUGUGAUACUUACUACUUACAUUUAUAGAUGAUGCAUAAGGAUGGUCCAGUUAUUAGUAUUCCUUAUUUAAGUAUAAUGAAAACAUUGAUUGUGAUAAGGUUGAUAUCCAUUACCUCUACAAACCACAGGUUGUUUUGGUUGCAAUAUUAUGUAUAUUUUAUAUGAUAAAACCAAAUCUAUAGUAUACAACAUAGGUCACAUGCAUUCAAAAGUGCAAUAGUAUCUUAUGAACUUGGUGAUUCAUUGAUUAUUUUUGGGAAAGAAUGGCAAAAAUCAAAAUUAUAAUGCAGCAUCAUUUCCUAGUUGUUUUUUUUGUAUUUUUUUAUUCAGUUAUGUUGCUUUAUUAUUGUUGUUGUUGUUAUCUUUGUGUCAAUAUUGUUAUU